CACCCAUCCGAGAGUUGUGUCACUGUCAUUAGUCUAAAACCGUCACAACAAAAUAUUUUCUGUGUUUUCACGAAAAAUUUUUGUGAUUCAACGAUUUAGAUAGAAAAAUUCUGCUUUUGUUGAUCAAAAACCGAUACCAUCGACCGGCUGCCGGCAUACUUGGACCAUGGGAAGCAUAGAGGAGGCUUGUAUUACCGGAUUCCUGUGCAGACUGUGCUCGCAAAUCCAUCGUUCGGUGAUUUUCAUUUACGGCGCCGAAGGAGACAAGCACAAGCUGGAACAGAAAAUCAACAACUAUCUCCCCGUAAAGAUUGCACCUUCCGAUCCUCUCCCGAAGACCGUAUGCGAAGGAUGUAUGAAUAAAGUAAUCCAACACCAUGGCAUGAUUCGCAAAAUUGCAGAAACACAGAAGAAGUUCAAAAAACUACGGGAAGAAGAGACCUUGAUUCGUCAGCAGCUGAACAGGCAUUCGGUCAAUGCCAACCAAGCCUCCAGUACGUCUUCUGCGGCGAGUGGAAGCAGCAUCCGUACCAAUAGCGUCGGCAGUAAUACAAGCUCUCCAAUAACAGCUUCUGCCACUUUAGAACGAACAGGCAGUAGCUCUACGGGAUCGCCCUCGCUAAGCACUCCUAGUUCAAACCGUAGGAUAACUCGCCAGACUCUUCGGAUCCAUCAGCAGUUGCACAAUGAUAUAAAUAAUUACAUCGAAACAAUGGAUAGCAGUUCACCAUCAUCGGACGAUGAUAGUGAUAGCGACAGCGGAGAUGGUAAUUAGAUACCCAUUAACAUAACUUUUAUAAUGUUUCAUUUUGUCAAAGUCCUUCCACCAUCGUUGGCCGUAUUGCAUUAUUGUCCUCAUGGGUUCAAGGGCAGUCAGAAGAGAACAAUUGCACAUGACGACUUAAGAAAAAAAAAUUGGGAAGGCUGUAUUACUUUUCGACAUAGAAAUGAAACCACUGAGCUCCACUAGCCCUCUUUCGUUUGAAACGCUGGACAGAAGGACUGCUAGCUAUCGUAUAUUGCGAUUGAAUACUGUACUCUUAAUUGAACUGAAGUGUAAUAAUAAAUUACGAUUAGUGUAAUAUUA